AUGUGUUUUAGCCAUUCUGCAGAAAGGAAAUUACCUUACUUCUCGGUAUGAAUCAGGUAAAUCGACACCCAACCAUAAUUCAGUUUUUGUGAGUACCCAGCCCGAGCAAUCGGAAGGUUCAUCGCGGAAAGCCGGAUUUGCGGCCAACCUGAACCGGCACGACCGGCUAAUGAGAAGUUGGAUCGCUUCUCAAACUGGCACCUUGGUCGAGGACACGGCACAAAACGUAGGAUGAAGAAGAAGAAGGAAAAAAUUUGGACAGGCUCAGGCCUAAUUGUUUUUGCAAUUGCCGAGCGGCGGUCCUUUUGGGGCCAAGUGCACGCAACAACUCAUUAACCUGCCGCAUAUGUUCAGGCGAUUAGAGCGACCGACUCGGAUUGCACCGCCCAUCGGCAGGUUAACGACGCUUGGGACUUUGGCGGCUUGUCGGGGUCCCAAGUUGGCGCUCAAGUGUGAGCUUCCGGUGAAAGAGGUUCCAGCCUCGCACUUCCUUUCGGCUUCGGGUGUCGAUUGUGGGAUCUUGGCCGGUUAAUUGGAGUCAGACUCACCUUUACCUGUUUAACCCUGCCUCAUCUAAUUACUUUUAUUUGAGGUGACUAAACACUUCUGGGUUUCAAGGUUAGCACUGAUCACAUUUUUAAAAAAACCUUCAAAAAAUGGAGAUAAUUAAGCUUUUAUGGAGCCUUAUUUACACUGAUUUCCCCAACCUUUCUUGUAUUUUUCUGAACUUCCAAAAGCUUUUUGUUUUUACUCUUAUUUUUAACUUUAGUGUCGGUUUUUUCGUUUUCUGAAAAUAAGCUGACUAAAAUUAUCCGCUUUAAAAAAAUCUGCAGUUUAAGAAAAAAAUCUACGGUUUUGUGAACAAAAAGUUUUUUUGAGUUACAAACGUAUUCGCCGAGAUUUUUUUCGAUGUUUUUUUGGAUUGACUAAAACUUUCGCAUUAUAGGUUCAAAAAAAGUUAUACAAAAAUAUUUUUUUCCAGUGCUUUUAUGGUCAGAAAACUGAGAUUUUUUAAGAAUACUUCGAUCAGAAAAAGUUGUUUUUGAAAAUUCAAAUUUUGAGUUUCCAGCCCAGUUGUUCGAUCAUUUUCGUUCCUUUUUGAAUGCUUUUCAAGCUUCAAAUUACUGGAAAAUAGCUUCGGGGCCUAGUAGUUCGGCUUCUAGUUUUGAUGUGAUUAAAUUCUUUUGGGUGAGGAAGGGGAAUGAGUCAGAGAUGAUCAGACUUCCUGUUGAUAAUUCAACUGGCUUCUCUUCUUCGAUUUUUUUUGUGAAUUUUGACCCUGUCUUUUUUUGAAUCUCAUAUUUCAUAUCUAAGUUUGCCAAAAAAUUCUUUACAUUACGUCGUGAUGUCAUAAAUUGCAUACGGCCUUAUCAAUUAUGAAAAAAACCCCAGGAAAGCAUUUUUUCUCUUCGUUUUCAUACUUUCAAAAGCCACAAUUCAUAAGAAACCUGAAAUUUCAUUUCAAAAAGCUUUUGGAAGUACACAAGUACAAAAGAAAUUCUAGACUUAUAAAAAGAAAUAUUGCCGGUUCAAAACGGGACUCGUGUUACCAUUAGCCUGGAAACGGAAGAACCUCAUUAGCUGAUCCAUCGGCUGAAUCCAGACAAAUCCUCAUAAGCUUGGCAGAACAAUAGUGUCAGAUAUCAGGUCGUGCUCAUCCUCGGAGAGCACGACAUGAUGUUGCGCGGUAAUCCGCGGAUCCCGCUGCGAGUCGGUUGCUCUCGGCACGUCUGUGUUCAGCACAGCAACUGA